GGUUAACGUCACAGUGAUAACAUUUACCACAGGUAUGGCAGGGCAGUGCAUAUUAAUCUAUAAAUGAGAAAUUAAAUGAAUUUGAACAUGCUUAUAAUGUCGGGAACUAAUGGAACUAUUAUUCCGCAACUUCCUUCACAAGAAUUUCCCCUCAAUGUGUUUCUUCAGAAACUUUCUAAAAAGCUUACAGAAGAGGAAUUUGAAGAUCUGAAAUUUCUUUGUCAAGGUAAAGGCGGUAUUAGAAAAGGAGAUAUGUCACAGUUAAAGACCUCUCUGGAUCUCUUUACCAUUCUUCGUGAGAGAGAAAUAAUAACAACUGAAAAUUUGCUCACACUGCAAGCUAUGAUAUGGCAUAUUGGACGAAAAGAUUUGUACAAAGGAUUUGUUAGUUUUUGUGAACAAUCAGAUAAUACUCUUUACUUUUUUGAGGCUCCAGAAAAAGCAGAAGACGAACAAGAACAUGUGAAAUUCCAUGUAAUGGGUUAUACAUGCAUGACUGAUUUAUAUAAACUGAGAGGAGCUGUAUCUAAAAUUCUUUGUUGCCCAGAAAGAUAUGUAAUUAUAAGAGGAAUAGAACAAAGUAACAGUUUGUGGAUAACGUUCAUGAUACCAGACUGGUGUACAAACAUUAUUUUGUGUCUCUCAAUCAAAUCAUGGAAAGUGUUAGAGGCGCUGUCAGUCGACAAAAUACUAAUUCAAAGUAUUGAGAAAGAAAUCGUUUGCCCAUUCAAUAUUUCAGAAAAUGUAACAAUUACUGAACAUGAAGCAGAUACUGAUAUGGCCCUUGGUGUAGACAUUGAUCUUAACAGUGCAACCAUCAGUGUGUCUGAUCCGAAUAACCAGAGUAUAAACAAAAGAGAAGGAGGUAUUUAUUCACACGAAGAUGAACCUCAAGAAAAACUGUUUGAAGAAAUACGAAAGUUUUGGUCAAAUAGAGAAGAUCAAACGUCCACAGCUACAGGAUAUACAACAAGUUCACGACGGGCAGAUUCAGGAUUUCAAGAUCUUGAUGAAGAUGAAUCGAAAGAGACAUGAUCUUAUGUAGAAAAAAUCAACAGCUUUUAAUUCGAAUCAGUAUUAAUCAAUUAGAAAAUUAUAACCAUGUAUUAUUAUCAAGAAUAAUGAUGUUUUGUCCAAGACAGAUUUAUGUUUUUGUCCCAGGCGGAUAACCCUGGCCUCACAACUUUUUGGAAUUUUUGUUCC